UACAGCAGCAACAGCAGCAGCAACAGCAGCUGCAACAGCAGCAACAGCAGCACCAACAGCCACAGCCACAGCCACAGCCACAGCAGCAGCAGCAGCAGUCAUCCAUGCCUUAUCAUCAGCUUGGCCCGCAACGCACACAGACACAGACACAGGCACACGCCCAGGGAGUGACGCAGGCCGCACAGCCCUUGCUCCACAUCGCAUCACCGCUGCCAUCUCCCGGCCCUGCUGCCCCUGCAGGUGCCCCCCCCCCCCUACGCCCGUCCCAUCCAAUCACCCCCUCAACUGGUUCUAGCGCAGGUGCUUCUGGGGUAGGUGGUUCUGGGGCAGGCACCACUGGUCUUCUCAGCAUCGCCCCUAGGGCGCUUGCUCCCAGGCCUGUUGCUCCUUCAGCAGGGGUUUCGAACCCCGGGGCGAUGGCAGGGGGAGUUGUGCAUCUCACCAUGCCCUCUGCUGCCCCGGUUCUCCCCCCCCAAGCGGCUGGGCUUGGCUCCAUGGGGCAAGGCCGCAUGCUCCUCCCUAUUCCCGCCCAGAGCGCUGCUGCUCCUGGUGCUGCUGCAGGAGCGGGAGCGGGAGCGGGAGCAGGAGCAGGAGUAGGGGGAGGAGGGGGAGCAGGAGCAGGAGCAGGCGCAGGGGGGUUGGGGGUAGGGAGCACUGCUGCUGUUCCUGGUGCAGGCAAGGAUCAACGGCAAGCGGGCCGGCCGCUUACUCUAGAGAAUCUUCUUGGCGCUGCCAGCUCAGCUCGAGGUGGCGCGCACUCCGGCACCACUCGCCCUGCCACGUCACCAGUGGCGCUCCUCCGAGCCACCGCCACGCCAGGUUCGGUCGCUAGCUCACCAGGUUUGGUGGCUGGAACGGCCGGUCCCAUGGCAACGACCCCUGGUUCGGCGCCGCCGAAUCUGUCGAGUGUGCUUGCUGCGGCUAGGGCAGCCUCUUCUGCCGCCCGUGUUGCUCCCUCUGCUCCUUCCGGCCCCCCUGCUCCUCCUGCUUCUGCAGUUGCCACUGCUUCUGGCAAUAUUGCGCCUGGGGGCUCUCUGGGGGUGGCAAGUCCCGGGCUUCCCCCCACAGCAGCAGUAGCAGCAGCAGCAGGCCAAGCUUUCCACGGCUCACUCCCCUCCUAUGCUCUGCACGCUGGCGGAAGUCCAUCCCUCGGCCCAUCUGCCCAAGCCCUCUCUGCUGCCCAUGCCACCUCUACUGGCCCCCCACGGCUCUUCUCCUCUCCCCUCACAGCCGCAGCACUGGCGCCAGGGGGGCAGGGGGCGGAGAAAGGGGGCCAGGGUGUGGGAGGGGAGGGAGGAGCGGAUCAGCAGACAAGGCUUCGCAUGGGACCGCCUACAGCCACGCCCGCCAGUGCAGACGGCAAGGACCAGUGGCCGCCACAGUCUCUGCGCUCCAACAAGCUAGAAAUCGACCUCAUGUCCCUCCCUGGCAACGGCCUGUCUCUGCUGGUGCCCAGCUCAGAGCGGUUGGGAGCGGUGGACGAGGAGGAGACAGGCGAAGGAGAGUCCAAGGCCCAUGUGCAGCGUGGCAUGCCACCAGCAGCGGCAGGCGCGGGGCAUAAGUACUUAGCAGGAGGACUAGGGGGCUUAGUAGGAGCGGAAGACGGGAGGGAGGAGAGGAAGGAAGGCCUGUCUCGGUCCGGCAGCCAACGAGGGGGGGCAAGAGGGGCGAAGGCAGACGCUAAGGCUGGUUCUAGGGAGCGAACUGCUGGUUCUUCGCCUGUGAUCGGGCCUAUGUCACCAGGGGCUGUAGGGCUAGGAGGGGUGGCGGGCGCAGCAGGGGGCUCAGCUGCUGCUGCAGCAGCAGUAGGGGGGCCUCCAAACGCGUCCACUCCAGAAGCAGCAGCACAUGCAGCAGCAGCAGCUGCGGCGGCGGCGGCGGCGGCGGCGGCAGGAGGAGGAGGAGGAGGAGGAGGAUCAGCAGCAGCAGCCGGGCAAGGCUCAGCCAUCUCACACCCCCCGGGGGCACCUUCCCGCGCUGGAGCUCCCCCAGUGCCCAUAAUGCCUGCAGGCUUCCCCCCUCCGCCCCCCCACCUUGCGCCCAUGCACCACAACCCCCCUGGGAUGCCCCCUUCAGGGGCACAACCCCACGGGGCGGCAGCAGCAGCGGCGGCGGCGGCAGCAGCAGCAGCUGCUGCUGCAUCCAUGCCCCUGCCUUUAGGGUUGGGAGGGUGGCCGAUUCCUGGUAUAGGCUUUUUUCCCCAAGCUGCGGCUGCAGCAGCGGCUGCUGCAGCUGCUGCUGGUUGGCCGCCUCCCUCCGCUGGAGGUCCUUCCUCUCUCCCCUCUACUCUCCCCUCCUCUCUCCCCUCCUCUCUUUCCUCCUCUCUCCCCUCUUCGCUCUCACACACGGGCCCAUCCUUACUGCAGCAUGCUGGAGGGGCGUCGCUGGCCCAUGCAGCCAGGGGUGAUGACGGGGUCUCCUCGCCUGCUGCUCUAGGCGCGCCUGGCCAUCCGUCCCAGCACACUCUCCCGCAGCCACCCCCCGGCCUGCUCCCUCUGCCCACGCAGCAGCAGUUGCAUGGGCGCCGGCCCUGGAAGCGCUGUGCCCUGCAUGUGUACAUUGCACACUUCAUCGAAUUCAACCGGCACGUGGCACGUCAGCAGCAGCAGCAGCAACAACAGCAGCAACAGCAGCAGCAACAACACCACCACCACCCGUUCUACCCGCCGCAUUUCAGCAACUAUGCAGCUGCAGCGGCGGCGGCGGCAGCAGCUGCAGUAGCGGCGUCGAAGCAGCCCCCUUAUGGGAUGAGCAUGCCACCGCAUAUGCCUGGAGCACCCCCACCCUUUGGGCUGCAAGCGGCCGCAGCGGCAGGAGCAGCAGCAAGUGCAGCGGCAGCUGCUGGUGCUGCAGCAGCAGCGGCGGCGGCAGCUGGGGCAGCAAGUACAGCAGGGGCAGCUGGGUCUCACGUACCCCCACCUUCGUCUCUCCCUACUGCACUCUCAGCCCCCCCCCCAGACUCUGCUGCUGCUCCAGCCACGGCUGCUGCUGCUGCGGUGGCGGCGGCGGCAGGCGUAGGGGCUGGUUUGGUAACAGGGGCAGGCGGGACAGGGGCAGGGGCAGGUGCAGCUGCUGGAGCGGGUGGAGGAAAGGAUAAGGUGGUAGCUGGUGUAGGUGCAGGUGGUGUGGCUGCAACUCCUGCUGCUGCUGCUGGUACUAAUUUUACUGCAGGAGGGAAGCAACAGAGCCAGCAGCAGCAACAGCAACAACAACAACAGCAGCUGCAGCAGCAACUGCAGCAACAACAGCAGCAACAGCAGCAGCAUCAGCAACAACAGCAACACUUACAACAACAGCAGCAUCAACAGAAGCAGCACCAACAGCAGCAACAACAACAACAGCAGCAGCCACAACAGCAGCAGCAGCAGCAGCAGCAACAGCAACAGCAACAGCAGCAGCAGCACCAACAACAGCAGCUGCAGCAGAAGCAGCAGCAGCUUCUGCAGCAGAAGCAGCAACAGCAGCACGUCUCAGUACCAUCCCAGGCUGGCCUAAGGGCAAGCGCAGGUGCUGCAACUGGCGCAGCUGCUGCGGUUGCUGCAGGAGGUGCCGUGGGAGUGAGGCAGACAGCAGCAGCAGGAGCCCCCAAAGAGCCCGCCACAGGGUUAAAGCCUGGCGCCAAUGCAAUAGCAGCAGGGGGACAUGUGCCUGGCAGGAAUGGUAACGCCACUGUUUCCGCUGGUCCUUCUGCUGCCACUGCCACUGCCGCUGCUACAGCUGCUACUGCUUCAGCUGCUGCUGCUGCAGCUGGUGCUGCGACAGCCGCUGCUGCUGCAGCCGUGACAAGACCAGCUGCUCCAGGCCCUGCGGUCUCUCCCAUGUCGUUGCAUGCCACUGCCUCUCCUGCCGUACCUGCUGCCGGACCUGCACCAGUGCCUGCGCCCGGGCCUGUUCCCGGGCCUCCGACGCCUAGUGCCAAACCUGUUCCAGGCUCGGAAGGGGGAGAGGAGGAGGGCAAGAGCAGAGUGGUCAGUGGGCAGGUGGCAGGUACGGGAGCUGCUGUAGCGUCGGCUGCAGGUGCUGCUGCUACAGCUGCAGGUGCUGCUUCGACCAGUGCUUUGGCAGCUGGUGCUGUUGGUGCAACAGCAGCAGCAGCAGCAGCAGCAGCAGCUGUUGGGCCACAGGGGCAGCAAGGCCAGGCCUUAAAGCUAGGUUUCGCAAACCAGCCAAUCAUGGCUCGGCACGGGCAGGUUUCUGGGCAGGUUCAGGUGCAAAUGAAGGCGCAGGGGGCACCAGGACACGGACCAGCAGGGGGGGCAUCAAUUGCAGGGAAAGGUCUGGCAGGGAUGGUAGGGCGAGAGGGGACAGUAGGGAGCAGUGCAGUAGGGGGCAAUGCAGUAGGGACAAGUGCUCCGGGCAUAGCUGCUUCUGCUGGCAUGAACCACGUGGCAGGGAAACCUGGAGCUCCCCUGGGGACUCACAAGCAACAAGCAGCAGCCGCAGGAGCAGCAGCAGCAGGGCAGGCUUCCAGUCAGGCAGCACAGGGGCAGGCGCAGGGGCAGGGGCAGGGGCAGGCACAUGGGCAGGCGCAUGGGCAGGCACAUGGGCAGGCGCAUGGGCAGGCACAUGGGCAGGCGCAUGGGCAGGCGCAUGGGCAGGCACAUGGGCAGGCGCAUGGGCAGGCACAUGGGCAGGCGCAUGGGCAGGCGGCACAUUUGCCACGGGUGGCACCUGCUCCAGUGCAGGGUGCUGCUGCAGGGGGUCCGUCCACCCACCUGAGAAUACCUGGGAUUUCUCCUGCAGGGUCGAUUCAGGCAGGAGUGGGGCAGGCACCAUCAGUUCAGGCAUCAAUAGGACAGACAGGUGUAGGGCAGGGAGGAGUGGGGCAGGCGGGAGUGGGGCAGGCAGGAGUGGGGCAGGCGGGAGUGGGGCAGGCGGGAAUGGGGCAGGCAGGGGCAGGAGCAACCGGGUUUGGACAAGCAAGGGUCCAACCGGGAGUGGUGCAUGCAGGGGCGGUGCAAAGGCCCAUAGGGGCGGGGGUGGGGAUGGGGCUGCCAGGGACAGUGGGGCAGCAGAAGGGGAUGCCCAUUCCGCGCCUGGCUACCCCGUCCACAUCACCACCGCUGCCACAGCUGCUGCCACAGCAGCAGCAGCAGCAGGGGCAGCAGCAGCAGCAGCAGCAGCUGCAGCAGGGGCAGCAGCUGCAGCGGGGGCAGCAGCGUUUUGUGACGCAGCAAAAGCCGGUGUUGCUGCCACGGUUGCCUCAGCAGCAGCAGCAGCAGCAGCAGCAGCAGCAGCCAAGGCCACCCCAGCUGGUGCCGCAGCAACUGGUACUGCCAAAACCACAGCAUCAUCCUCACCAGCCCCUACAGCAACCCCUACAGCCGCCCCAGCAGCAGCUGCUCACGCAGCAGCAGCAGCAGCAGCAGCAGGGGAAGGAGGGGCAGGAACCACCUCAGAAGAAGAUGAGAACGGAUAAGGAGCCGGUGCAGGGGUUUGCAACAGCAGGGCAGGCAGGGACUAUGGGGGCAGGGCAGGCAGGGACUACGGGGGCAGGGCAGGUGCAACCAGGGCAGGUGCAAACAGGGCAGGUUGCGCCAGGGCAGGGGCAAGCUGGCCAGGUGCAACUGGGGCAGAAGGGGCCGCUUGGGCAGCAGGGGGCUCAAGCUGCUGCUGGUCAGUCGCAUGUGGCAUCAGCGCAACGACCCGCAGGUGCUGCUCAGACACAUGGAGGGGCCAUCGCACCUAGGAAUGUUUCACCAGCACCUGUUGCAGCAGUUGUGCCAGCACCAGUGGCAGCAGCGCCAGCUGCAGCACCCGCAGUGGCAGCAGCGCCAGCUGCAGCACCACCAGUGGCAGCAGCAGCAGUUGCAACAGCAGCAAGGGGUGAGGCAGUUGGAGCAGCAGCAGUUGUAGCACCAGCACCAGUUGCAGCAUCAGCAGCUGGUGCCGCAGUUGGAGCAGCAGCAGUUGUAGCACCAGCACCGAGUGCAGCAGCGACAGUAGCACCCAUACCAGUUGCACCAGCGCCAGUUGCACCCGUAGUACCAGUUGCACCCGUAGUACCAGUUGCACCAGCACCAGCGGCAGCAGCACCAGUUGCACCCGUAGUACCAGUUGCACCAACACCAGCGGCAGCAGCACCAGUUGCACCCGUAGUACCAGUUGCACCAGCACAAGCGGCAGCAGCACCAGUUGCACCCGUAGUACCAGUUGCACCAGCACCAGCGGCAGCAGCACCAGUUGCACCCGUAGUACCAGUUGCACCAGCACCAGCGGCAGCAGCACCAGUUGCACCCGUAGUACCAGUUGCACCAGCACCAGCGGCAGCAGCACCAGUUGCACCCGUAGUACCAGUUGCACCAGCACCAGCGGCAGCAGCACCAGUUGCACCCGUAGUACCAGUUGCACCAGCACCAGCGGCAGCAGCACCAGUUGCACCCGUAGUACCAGUUGCACCAGCACCAGCGGCAGCAGCACCAGUUGCACCCGUAGUACCAGUUGCACCAGCACCAGCGGCAGCAGCACCAGUUGCACCCGUCGUACCAGUUGCACCAGCACCAGUUGCACCCGUCGUACCAGUUGCACCAGCACCAGUUGCACCCGUAGUACCAGUGUCUGUUCCACCAGCACUAGCUGCAUUAUCAAAGCCUGUGGUACCAGCACCAAUGGCACCAGCACAGGCACAGGCAAAAGCAAAGCUGCAGGGGCAGGGGCAGGGACUAGUAGGAGGGACUUUAGUACAAAAGAACCUCCAGCAGCCAUUGCAACAGGUACUGCCUAAGAAGAUGACCCGGGCACCAGAUGUCAAACGCCCAUACGACUCCUGCCCCAGCGCCUCCUGCGCAAGUGGCUGCUGCUGCCAAGGUAGCUGCCCUGCUUGCCUCUUCUCCGGCACACGCCGCACCAAUCAGGCCUCGCACUCCUGUUCCGCCCACUCCUGCCCCCCCACUCCUGUUCCCCUUACCCCGGUUCCCCCCGCUUCUGUUCCGCCCACUCCUGCCCCCCCACCUCCUGUUCCCCUUACCCCAGUCACCCCUGCUCCUGUUCCGCCCACUCCUGCUCCCCCUAGUCCUGCUCCCUCCGUUCCUCUUCCCCCCACUCCUGCUCCCCCCUCUGCAUUGGCUGGUGCUGCUGCCUGCUCUGUCCUGAAGGUGCCUCCUGUACAUCCACCAUUACAGCCACCACUCUCACAGUCACACCCGCCUGCAGUCCAGGCACAUGCGGUACAGUCACACCCUGCACAAGCACAGUCUGUGAAGGGCCCUAUUGUAGCCUCUGUAAGUUUUGCUGUAACACCUGCCGCACUGCCCGCUGACCCUGCUGCAAUGUGUGUCAACGCUGCUGUAGCAUCUGUAGCAGCGGCUGUAGCACCUCCUGCACUGCCCACUGACCCUGCUGCAAUGUGUGUCGGCCCUGCUGUAGCAUCUGCUAACGCUGCUGUAGCGUCUGCAACCCCUGCUGUAGCAUCUGCAACCCCUGCUGUAGCAUCUGCAAUCCCUGCUGUACUGCUGGCUAACCCGACAGCGGUAGCCAAACCAGCACCACCAGCAGUGCCGGCAGCAGUGCCAGCAGCAGUGCCAGCAGCAGCACCAGCAGUGCCAGCAGCAGUGCAGGCAGCAGUGCCAGCAGUGCCAGCAGUGCCAGCAGUGCCGGCAGUAGUGCCGGCAGUAGUGCCAGCAGUGUCAGCAGUGGCGGCAGUAGUGCCAGCAGUGCCAGCAGCAGGAGAUGCUGCUACGGCUGCAGGUGCAAAGGCAGCAGCAGCGGCUCCUGAAGCUGCAAAGGCAGCAGUAAUAACUGCUGUUGCUGGUGCUGCUGUUGCCGGUACUGCAGGGCCAGCAGCAGCACCAGUAGCUGCAGACGUGACAGGAGCAGCACUAGCAGCAACACCAGUAGCUGCAGGGCCAGCAGCAGCAGCAGGAACAACAUCGCCACCAGCAACACCAGCAGCAGCAGUGGCAGCACCAGCUGCAGCAGCUGCGGCACCAGCUGCAGCAACAGCAGCGGCGGCACUGGCAGCAGCAGCAGCGGCACCAGCUGCAGCAGCGGCGGCACCGGCAGCAGCAGGGGCGGCACCAGCAGCGGUUGAAGUGCCGAAAGCUGCAGCAGGAGGCGCAGCAGCAGCAACACGAGCAGCAGCAGCAACACCACUGCCAGUACCGCCAGUGACCAAAGCACUGGCCAGUGCCGCAGAAUCAAUUGGAACUGAGGGCGCAGCAGCAGCAGUGGUGGCAGCAGCAGCUGCAACGAGUGCAGCAGAAUCAACCGCUGCAGCACAGUCAGGCAGCACAACACCAACUGUGGCAACAGCAACAGCAACACCACCGCCAGUGGCCAAAGCACAGACGAGUGCAGCAGAAUCAGCCGCUACUGAGGGCCCUGCAGCGCUUUCAGGCAGCACAACACCAAUCGCCCCAUUGGCCUCUUCCUGUCUAACAACAACCACAGUCACACCUGUUACAAUAACAUCCUCAUCUACAGUUGCACCUGUUACAGUAACACCUUCAUCUACAGUUGCACCUGUGAUAGUAUCACCCUCAGCCACAGUCACACCUGUUACAGCUGCACCCACAGUGACACCCACAAUGACACGGACUGUAAGACCAGAAGUAACACCCACUCCCUUAACAACUGAAGGAACCAAGGGCUCCGUCAACCAAGGCAAGAGUGAGGCCAAGUCUCUUGCAGUAGAUCCUUGUAGGAUACCAGUGGUCUCAGCAGCAGCAGACUCAGCAGCAGCGCCAGCGGCAGGUCCUUGUAAGAUACCAGUGGCUCACGCUUCCAAUGCAGCAUCGACUCACACUCCCAAGGCUGCAACCUUGCAAACGUCCGAUGCAACAUCGACACCCACUCCUAAGGCAGUGACUGUGCAACCCGCCGAUGUGGAUGGAGAAGUAGCAGGAAGGGCAGGGGAGGCGUCAGUACCACCAGUGCCUGCAGCAGCAGCAGCAGCAGCAGCGAGCAGAGCAGCAGCAGAUUCAGCAGCAAGUGCAGCAGGUGUGCCUGGGCCAGCAGUGGCGACAGCAGCAGCUGCUGCUGCGUCAAUGGCUGAUCUGCCGAGUUUUGCUACCAAAGCCCCACUCCCCCCUGCUUCCUCACCAAUCCUCACUGGGCCAGCUGCAUCUGCCCCAGUCACACCUCUUGCCCCAGUUGUACCUCCUCCAGUUGUGCCUGCUCCAGUUGUGCCUGCUCCAGUUGUGCCUGCCCCAGUUGUGCCUCCCCCAAUUCAACCUCCCCCAGUUGCACCUGCCCCUGCUGUAGCACCUGUCUCAGGUGUACCUGCUCCAGUUGCAGCCUCCCCAGUGGUGCCUUCUUCAGUUGAUCCGGCUGUGCCUGCUACAGCAGCAGCUGCAGCUACACCCGCUGGUGCUACAGCAGCAGCUGGUGCUACAGCUGCAGCUGCUAUAGUCACUCCUGUGACAGUAACGCCUGCAGCUAUUACAGCGGCACCUCCCUCAGUUGCUGCUGUUACAGCUGCACCUCCCCCAGUUGCUGCUGUUACAGCUGCACCUGUUUCUGUGAUUCCCUCUGAAGUGGCAGCCCCAGCGGUGGCAGCACGAGCAGAGGGAGAGAAAGAGAGAGCGAAGGGAGAGAAGAGGGGAGGAGAGGGAGAGAAGAAGGGAGGAGGGGGAGAGAAGAAAGGAAGAGGGGGAGAGAAAAAGGGAGGAGAGGGGGAGAAGGAGGGAGAAGAGGGAGAAACGAAGGGAGGAGAGGGAGAAACGAAGGGAGAAGAGGGAGAAACGAAGGGAGAAGAGGGAGAAACGAAGGGAGAAGAGGGAGAAACGAAGGGAGUAGAGGGAGAAACGAAGGGAGGAGAGGGAGAAACGAAGGGAGUAGAGGGAGAGAAAGGAGCAGAGAGAGCAGAGAGAGAGGAGGGAGUGAAGAAGGGAGCAGAAGCGACAGUUCUGACUGGAGCAGCUGAGGCAGAGCGUAAUAGUUUGAAGGGAUUGCAGCGAUCAGCACAGGUGACGGAGGGAGCAGCAGCAGCACCUGAUGCAGCAGCACCUAAAUCAGGAGCAGAAGGAAUCAAGCUGGUAGUAGCAGGAGCAGGAGCAAAAGCAGUCAUGGCGAUGGGUGUAGCAGCAUUGGCAGCGGGAGAGAAUGAGGCAAUGGAGAAGAAGAGAGCGGCAAGGGAGGGGAGGGCGAAGGAGGAGCGUGAAAGUAUGGAAGUGGAUGGGGAGGAAGCGGGUGGGAAGAGGGGGGAUGACAGAGGGGGUGAUGGGAUGGACAUCGAUGGGGGAGAGGACGAUGGAAGGAGGAAGGACGGGAGAGAGGGUGAGGGUAUGGAGAUAGACUGCAGAACGAGCAGUGAGAUUGGUGAGAAUGGGGAGAUGAUCGGAGCGAAGAAGGACGAAGAAAUUGACGGGGAGAUGAAGGAGGGUGGGGGGGGUAACAUGAAGAAGGGUGGGGGGAUGAGGAAGGAUAUAGGGGGAGGGGAGGGAGGAAAAGAGGGGGUGGGAGGAGAGCCGCUAGCAGUAAGCCACGAAUAGACAGGGGAAGAGCAAGCGAAUAGACAGCCUGCAAGCGAAUCCUAAGAAGAUAGGGUAGAGAAGAAGCAUGUUACAGGCAGUGGCAGCCGCUGUAGCAGUAGCGGGAGUAGCAGCUGUAUUAGUUGUCAUGGAAGAGUAGCAGCAGCGUAGGAAGGUCACCUAUUUUCUGAGGGUACAAACUGUAGCAGUAGCAGGAGUAGCAGCUGUAUCAAGCCAAACUGCACUAGUACUAGCAGCCCAAUUUCUUUGGGUCGAUGGUAGACGGACUGUGGGCCGAUGGGGAUGGUAGUGUAGAUGUGACUAUCCAUCAGCAUCUGCCGAACGUUAUCAAAGACGUGUAUAGGGAGGACAAUAGGGAGGACAAAAAGGAGGAGAAGCAAAGGAAGAGGAUAUGGUUACAGAUGGGCCGGUAUGGGUGGGGCUUCGGAAGGGCUGGGUCGAAGCACCAAGAGCCUGGAGCCAAGCGAAGAGCGUUGAGAGAUGUGAGAGGGCUGCUGUGCUGAAGCUCCAAUGGCGGAACCUUCUGCUGACUUCCGUAUGUGGAGUGACAAGACCAUGUUUGGAGUGGGUAAAGGAACAGUGCAGUUGUGAGUGCGACUUUGCAUGGCUGAUGGUGUACCACAUCAACAGGAUUCCAGUCUGGACUGCAUAAGCAAGCAACGUGUUGCCGGUUGGGCUGGGUGCACUCGAUUUGUGCUUCCUCAAGUGCAAUCUCUCACCUGCCUGACCCCAGUUUGCUGACAUUACUGAUUGACUUGGCUGCAGAGCUAAUCUGCCGCCUAGCUCCUGCAUCCUCACGCUCCAGGAUGCCAUUUCACAGCUAGUAAUUUAGGGCCUUUCUUUUCUUUUGCUCGCUUGUUUUUUUCGCUCAAUAAAUUCCAGCUCAGGGUAGAAAACUAUGCUGGAGAUAGGAAAGUAGUGGUAGACGUAGUGUUGGUCGUAUCCUUCACCUAACCU